AUGAGUAGUGAAAUUGAAGAUUCUACCGUAGUAGUAAUCUUGGAUCAAAAGGAAGACGAACUUGUAGGAUUUGAUUUUAUUUCAUUCCCGGAAGCAAAUGUAGUAUCUGGAAUUUGGAAUCUGACUCCAGGCUCACAUUUUAUGUACAUUAAGAAUAAAGAACAAGGUAAUUUACUUGAUGAUAACAUUGUUUCAGAUGAUUGUAGACUAGGAGAGUUUAUACAUUUGAAAAGGGGUGAAAUUAAAGUUUAUAAGAGAUCGCAAGUUGAUGAAGGUUCAUUAUUUGAAUUAGUGGAGGAAUAUUGUAAUCAAAAAUAUAAGGAAUCGAUAGUUAUGGGUCAUUUGAGGGGUAAAAUGUCAAAGAUUCCCGAAAAUUUAUCUAAUUUGUGGGCAAGUAUGACAGAUUGUAUUAAUUCUGAACUUAUUCUAAGACUCAGACCAAUCAAUAAAGUUAUUACAAACCAUCCUUUUCCACAAACCAGAUCAGAUACUUCUGAAAUAACUAUUGAAAACAACAUGAACUGUGAUAUAAGAAGUGAUUGUGAAAUAAGAAAUUGUACAACGAGAUUAGAACUCAGUGAUGAAGAAGAAGACUAUUCAAAAACACUGGAGGAAUAUAAAAAUGUAGUAAAUAAUUUAUCAACAUUUAAAAGUAAAGUUGAUUUUAACAAAAUUAAACGGACUGAUAAAACUAAUGGUUGCCAUUUUAAGGAAGUAAAUAAGCCAGAAAAUCAUAUAGAUAAUAGUGUAGAAAAGGAUUAUGACUCAAUAUAUUAUUCAGAUAUACCGAUGUGUGAUGAUAGAAUAAGAAAAAUGAAGGAAAUAACACCAGAGCAAAUCACAAAAAUGCACAUGGAUACCAGCUACAUCAUAGAUUCAAUUCGUGGUGAUAAUAGUACAAAUGGGUACAAAAUGGUAGAAUUUAAGAAUAAAUAUUUCUAUGUGCUUGGAGAAUUACAGUACAGUUUUCUGGUUUUCAUUUUAUGCUUUAAUUUUGAGAGUUUGGAACAAUACAAAAGACUUUUAAGGGCGUUUUGCAAUGCUGAAUCAUUACUGGUUAGUGACCAGGAACUAACUCAAAAAUUGCUGAAAACACUGAGAUUUCAAAUAGAAACCUGGGAUGAAGAACACGAUGUGUAUCAGAAGGAUAAUUUCUUGACCCACCACCUGUGCAAUUUGCGUGAAAUCAUACUUGAUAACAGUGAUAAGUUAAAAACGUGCUUAGAUCACUUUAAACUGUUGGAAGACUCUUUCAAACUUAAAUUUGGAAUAUCGCUCAAUGAUUUGAACACUAUACACUCCAAUAUAAUAUAA